UCUUCUUUGCCUAUAUUUGGAGUUAUCUGAGCAGGCGGGUAACAUCGCGUCCAGGUCAAAUGACCGUCCAACGCUCGUGAACGUGAUAAGAACUAACUGUGACAUGGAAAAAACGGGACUCCACGGGAUCCUUUAUUAUUUCCUUAUCAACUCAGCCUGUAUGAUUUGUGCCAAUGCUACAUUUACUGAAGUCCCUAAAGAUGUGAGUGUGGGGGAAGGAGAUGAUGUUGAGAUGCCCUGCGCCUUUAAAGCUGUCAGCUCAGCACCCAUGUCUUUGGAGAUCCAGUGGUGGUACCUGAAGAAAGAUAUGUCUAAAGAUGAGCUGCAGAUCACUGCUCCGACUAACAGAGCCAAGGAUGUUUCAAGAGAAGCCACAAAAAUAAGUACUGUGCGUGUUCAGGGCAAUGCCAUCUCUCACAACCUCAGCCUGUCCAAGGUGAAGAAAGAAGAUGAGGGCGUGUAUGAGUGCCGUGUUUCUGAUCUGUGGGCUGCUGAAAAUCAGGAAUUUAAUGUUCAUGCUACACUGCAUGUCACACUGGCUGACAGUAUGGUGGCUGAAGAGGCUGUGUCACACAUUCAGAACUGUGGAUCACUGAGGAAUACCAUCACAGCUUUGGGAGGUGCCUCAUCUUGGAGGGCCACCUCUGAGCCUCGCAAAAAUUUUGCAGGAGGUCGAAUGCCAGGACUGGGGAAGCACCGGGUGUCUCAAGAGUCUCAGCCUGGUCUCCUGUCUCCCUUAAUAUCCACCACCUCAGUGGCCAGGUCAACAGCUACACCCCUGUCAGGAAACACAGCCAUCCUCAGGCAGCAGUAUGGGGCUGACUGCAGUGUGAUGAGCCCCAUGGACCCGCUGCUGUGCAUCACUCUCCUGUUCAUGCAUAAGCUCCUCCCAUUAUUGCUGGCCCACUGAAGAGAAAUCAGGCAAACCUGUGAACCUGCAGCAUUCUUACUUUGUAUAUCAAACAGAAACCUAGCAGCACUCAAUGGUUACCAGAAAGGGGGGGACACAUUUAAUCAGUGUACAUCUAUGGUGUUGCAUCACAUCUUUGCUAGGAGUAAAAGCAAAGCAACACAGAACGCAGGAGCUUGACACACAAAUAAAAGAGAUGGACCCCUUGAUGGCUGACAGCGAACAGGAGAAAAGAGCGUAUAUAAAUAAAACCAGCAUCACUAAUGAUCCACAGAAUCAUUCAGCCUGUGUACUCUGUGCUCAAACACUCCGCACUGCCAAUUUGACCACACACAGAGGCUAGAGUGUAUUUGUCUAACGUGUCAUGCCGUCCUUCUUGCACACACACAUGCCACCACCAUCAUUAUCAUCUCAUAGCUGUGUUGAAUAAUGUAAACGA